GCGGCUGCUGAGAGAGAAAAAUGGCAACACCACAAGUGAAGACUGGUCUGUUCGUUGGUCUGAACAAAGGUCACGUCGUCACCAGACGCGAGUUAGCUCCUCGUCCCAACUCUCGCAAAGGGAAAACGAGCAAGAGGACAUUGUUCAUCAGAUCACUGAUCAGAGAGGUUGCUGGAUUUGCUCCAUACGAGAAGAGAAUCACUGAGCUUCUCAAGGUUGGUAAAGACAAGAGAGCUCUUAAGGUUGCUAAGAGGAAGUUGGGUACACACAAGAGAGCCAAGCGAAAGAGAGAGGAGAUGUCUAGUGUUCUCCGCAAGAUGAGGUCUGGUGGUGAGAAGAAGUAAACAUCUUAAAGUCUUCUUCUAUGUUAUUGGAGCUUUGUUAUUUUUAUAACUCUUUUUUGUUCGCUCUAUGUUCAAAAGACCUUUGUGUUUUGUUAGAAGAAUGGAUUCAUGUUGCUCCACUCUGUUCUAUUAAGCUUUUUCAAAACUUAUACCAAUGUUUUAUUACCUUACUUCCCUUCGUUCAAGUUGGCAUUAUACUCAGUAUCCCAAAUAACAAACA